UAACAGUAUUAACUUUUACUGAAGAUUUUCUGCAAGCUUCAAUAACAUAAUAGUCUCUUAGCAUAACAACGGCUUUCUCUGGAGAUUGACAAUGGUUGGGACUUUAGCAUUUAGAGUCUUUCAGUACUGUGUGUUGUUCCACUGGAUUUAGGGGAAUUGGUAGUCACGCUAGCAUUAGCGGGGAUUUAGAUUUGAACUCACGGUUUUGGUUCAGCUGAGGUAGUUAGGCCUAGCGUGUCUUAGAAAGUUGCGCAGAACCGUCCUGUUAGUCCGGCAUCCACGAGAGCAGCAACCCAAGAGAGUGAUAAUUGGACGCAGCUUCCUUAUAUGGGCAGGGGCUGGACAAAUGCUAAUUGGUCCGUACUGUUGUCAAUCACCAUUACAAAGGUUUGUGGGUAACACGCGACCCAAGGACCUCCAAAGGUCCUGCAACAUACCAUAGAGGUUACUAGCAUGGUCACAUGACCGAAGGUCCUGCGACGCUGAACAAGAAAUAUCCCAUCAAUACCUCUUCCGGUCCUUUUAUUCCAACAAUAAAUGCAAUAACUUCAAGUCAAGACCUUAACUGGAUGGUACAACCAAGCGUUAGACCGCUGUCCUUACCGCCCUACCACAGUCCACGUCAUGGCGUCAUCAGAAGCAUGGGAGGACCUUUAAGCAUGGGCCGAAGAAGACAUGGUGAAUUUGUGUCACCAGAAGAAGAAGAAAGACGACGAGUUCGUAGAGAGAGGAAUAAGAUUGCUGCGGCUAAAUGCAGGAACAGACGCAAGGAGCUGACAGAUUACCUACAGGCAGAGACAGACAAUCUUGAAGAAGAGAAGUCAAAAUUACAAAAAGAGAUAGCCGAACUUCAGAAGCAAAAGGAUAAGCUGGAACUGAUCCUUGACGCACACCAGCCCAUCUGCAAGGUGCCCCGAAACCACCAACGUGCCCAGCAGGCAGACUCUUAUAAGGGCCUCAAGGAGGAGCCACAAGGAGGAUCACCAAGAGGCACCAAAGUAAAGCUCCCCAGAAUUGAGCUCAGCAACACGAUUCUUGAACCUGAAGCUCUUCACACCCCUACGUUGAUGAAAACACCAUCCAUCACGCCCUUCACUCCAAAUCUAGUCUUCACUUAUCCCGGAACCCAGGAGUCCUGUUCCACCGCACACCGCAGGCUCAGCACCAGCAGCAGUAGCGGCGGUGACCAGAGUCCGAGCUCAAUCAGCUCAUCCACAAUAUUGACUCUUUAAGGAAGUCUUUGAUAGAAAGUUGCGUUCAUGAGUGUUACACUAUGUCUAAAAAGUUUUACAUUUGACUUUUUUUGCCAGUAUAAAUACUGUUAUUAUUAUAGGGUCUAAUUCACUCACUCAACUUAAGGCAUGAUAUCACGUUUUCUUAAAGGGGUUUGCUAUUCUUCCUUUAAGGGAUUUGUCAAGAUGCGUGACCUUUUUUUUUUUUUAUAUGGUUACAAGUUUAUUCAGUAAUAGAGCUAUAUAUUAGACCACAGGGUCACAGAUAAGGGCAGAGCCGACAUUUAACUGCAUGAUCACUGUAAUAAAGGUAUUAGAUAAGAAGCGGCAGAGCCGGAGUUAGUUUUUGUAGUUGUGGUUCAUGUGUAAAAGUAACAGCAGAGCUGGUCUACUGUGUGUUAGAUAUAUUUUUGUAUGGUUAUUGCUUGGGGUGGCCUACGUACAUUUUGAUAAUGGUACGUUUUAUGAAGCGCCCUCAAUUUAAGUGUUGUUUUUAUGUUUUUGACUUACUGUGCACUUUGAACUCACAAAAUCUACAUGUAAUACUGUAUGAAAUAGAUAAUAUAUAUAUAUUAAA